CUGCUAUAACCUGUCAUGAUUUCCCCUUGAAGCAGCGUGCUCUAAGCGCGAAUGCGCGAGCACCUGCUUUUCCAUUGUUGACGGUAGUGACCUCUGGACACGUGCGUUUUGUUUGUUUGUCAUGUCUCCUCCCUGUUCUGUCAUUGGCUGGGAUUUCACGUGUGUCUGUAUUGCCCUCAGCUGCUAGCAGUUUAGACGCUGAUCAUGUCCACUUAUAUACCGCGCGCCUCCCAGCACACAGCGCGGAAGAUUAUCGUAGAGUUAGAUUAGUUCGUUUAGUAGUUAUAGUCACGGUCCAUGUUUAGAGUUAGUUCACGCUGGAUUAUCCGCCCCCAGUUCCUCGUCAUAGUUAAUGUUUCUCGUUUUGUUUAUCGACCCUGUUUUCCGUGACCACGACCUUGAUUCAUGUUUAACCCUGUGUUUGCCGAUCGCCUGACCUUCGCCUGACCUUCGCCUGUUGUGGAUUACGUUUAUGCAUCACGUUUUGGAUUUGUCUGCCUGUCUCUCCUUCAAAAUAAACACUGGUCAUACUGCACUUGCAUCCGUCCUAUUUCCGCUCCGUCACGAUACGUGACAUAACCGAAGUGAUAACAGGAACUAACUUGUUUAGCAGAUAAUCCACAAUGUUAAACAUGGUUAUAAAUGUAUUAAACGUUAUACUUUAAUGAUCAUUUUAAAAAUGUUUGUUGGCAAAUUGCCGUGUUAUAAGACAAAUAAAAUACAUUGGGCCAUGCUAUUAGAGUCAGGGCGGUAUUAACACAUCACACCACCUCAUUGUUGGUUAUUUUCCUAUCACAGCACACCCUGUCCUAACUAGCAUUAUUUACUGGGACUGUUUAGAACUAGCGUUAAAGUGACUGUUUUGCCAAACCAAUUCACUUGCUUAUAAACCAGUAUGUAUUCUCACAUGUAUGUGUAAUCAGACUGUAUUACAAAUAUGAAACUACUUCAAACCCAUUGUAACACAUUAUUUCUUUCCUAUUUUAGGGUUUACCUGGUGUAGAUGGGCGUGAUGGAAUUCUUGGAUUACCUGGAGUUAAGGGCAGCCCUGGGAAACCUGGAAACCCUGGAGCGGUUGGACUUCAAGGAUUACCUGGCUUACCUGGUGUUACAGGAUCAAAGGGAGCUGCUGGUGAAAAGGGCAAUGCUGGACAGCUAGGCCUUAAGGGAACUAUGGGAUCUGCUGGAAAACCUGGAGAACGUGGAGAACAGGGAGAAGUUGGACCUGUAGGCCCUAUUGGUGGACUGGGAGAUAGAGGUGAGUCAGGGCCACCUGGACCUAUGGGGAACCCAGGAGCCAGAGGCUUUAAAGGUGAUCUUGGUCUGCCUGGUCUUCCUGGAUCCCCAGGCUUACUUGGAGAGAAAGGCGACAGGGGGGACCCUGGAGAAUUCGGAUCUAAAGGAGGAAAGGGAGAACAAGGUGCAGAGGGAACCCCUGGAGACAAAGGAAAUGUUGGGGAGCCUGGAGAGCCUGGAUCUACUGGAGCAACUGGUAAUCCAGGAGAACCAGGGAACAGAGGCCCUGAGGGUGCCCGUGGGCAGCCUGGCAUCGAUGGACCCUCUGGUAGUCCUGGACCCCGUGGUGUACAGGGGAACAGAGGAGCUCCAGGUCCUCGUGGUUCUCAGGGCCCAGCAGGGAAAGGACCAGGUGAUCAGCACAUCAAACAAGUUUGUAUGCGAGUAAUGCAGGAGCAACUGGCCCAGCUAGCUGCCAGUUUGAGGAGGCCGGAGUCUGGUGCUGUUGGUUUGCCAGGCAGACCUGGGCCCCCUGGUCCUCCAGGUUCCCCAGGAGAUAGUGGUUUCUCUGGACAGGCUGGUGCAAGAGGACUCCCUGGACUCAAAGGACCUCCUGGAACAAUGGGUCUCAAAGGGCCUAAAGGUGAAAUCGGAGACAGAGGAGAUAGAGGCCAAACAGUACGAGGUCCUAAAGGGAUGCCAGGACCACCUGGUUUGCCAGGUGAGCAUGGUAAGCCAGGUUAUGGUCAAGAUGGUCAUGAUGGAGUAAGUGGUUUACCAGGCCUUCCUGGACAGACUGGUGUUCAUGGAUCUCCUGGCCCUGCUGGACCUCCUGGUUACUGUGACCCAUCAGCAUGUAACUUGAGCAUAGUUACUGCUUCCCAGUCCCUCACAAACUAUGACAUUAAAGGGCCGGCUGGUUACUGAGUUUCUUGUGGACACAAAAACUGAGACAGAAUGGUGUAGGUCAUAGCAUUGGUACCAAAGACCUAUGCUAUGCUAACAUGAUGAAGUAAUAACCACAUCUGUAAGCACAACAAAAUUACAAUUUUCAAACAGAGCAUUAUUUUUAAACUUUUUAUUUGACAUUUUUUACAUUAAAGUGAAAUUAAGCAUGUUUAAUAAUUAAUUUCUUAUUUAACAUUAACAAUUUAUUAUUGAACAUUUUUUUUUUUUUCUUUAUCUAUUGUCUAUUACAAAAGGGCAAGGGGGCUUCAGGGGACUUGUUUGAACCUCAGACUGGCUCUGGCUAUUUUAGAGUGACACAUUCUGAAGUGAUCAUGUCGAUGCCUGUUCCUUGUGAAGGCUGUGCCUUUCACAGUCAGAAUAUUGAAGGGCCUCUCUCUUUAAAAAGCCACCUUGUUUACUUUUGUAAACUAGACUGUUUUGGGAACGCAAACAAAUGCAAUCUACUGGUUAUCUGAAGUAGCAAUAAACAUGAAACCAAUUGGAGAACUUACUUCCCACAGCACUACUUUUGACUGUGGUUUUUUUUUUCUUCCGUCCCCCCCCCCGUUUAUGAUUCAGUUAGUCAGUUUAGAAGGGUCCUUUAAAAGCAUCACCUCAGGUUAAAGCAAGCCUACAAAUGACACCUUUGCUGAAUCCAACGCAGAAUGUAUUUGUUCACAAAAAUCAGAGAAUUGUUGACAGAUCGAGAAGUUCAGCUAUUACCUUUUACUACUGAAAUUGCAUGUUGCUACUGUACAACUAAGUGAUUUAUUUAACAGCCAAAUGUCACAAUAUACUGUAAUAACCACAAUGAUUAAAAUUAACAUUAGUUAGCAAGCUAGCUUAGCAGGAAAUUUCAGUAUCUUUAAGUUUCUUUUUACAAUAAUAAUCUUUAUUAAUUUGCAUAUUGGACCAUGAGAGGCUUAAGCAGUUGUGCCAAUUUUGUUAGAUUAUAGAGAAAGUGUACACAGGGCUUCAUGAAUGAGUUCUUUUAAGGAUGUACUGAGUUUUUAAAUGGAAAAAUGUGAAUUUAGUACUGUUGUAACAGAACUGACCAAAUGUUAGUCUGUAUAAUGAGAAUAAUACAUCCAAGGUGAGUUGAUCUUAAUCACAUUUUGUUGUGUUUGCUGUAAAAUGGCUUUUUUAUUUUAAAAAAUCUUUUGUAAAAUAUGACUAGGCAACAUUGUCACCAGAUCGCACUAGUCCUCCUUCGUGCGAUCCCAUGAUAGUUAAAAAUUGUUUCUAAAGCUAUGCUAUUUAACACUAGUAAACUGAAUUAUUAGUUAAAACAAGGCAACAUGCGAUCAGGCUGGCCAUUCAGAGUGCUCUUUCAUUUAAUAUCAUAGAGUUUUUGACCUAAGUGACAACUUUGGAUGGAAAUAUUAUGCUACAUAAUUUCCUUGUAAAAACUUGUGUAAAAUUCUUUUUUGAACUGUACAGAGUAGGGACACAUUUUUGCUCUCUUUUUCUCUCUUUCAUUUAUGGUACUUCUGUUUGUUUUGCAGAGGAAUUAUGAGCUUGACUUUGAAGGUUGUAAAGUAAUAUACAUUUAUACAAUAUUUCGUGUAUUACUCGAAACAACACUGCGUUAUGAAAAAUGUCUGUGGUUAAUUAGCUUAAUCUCUCACUGAAACUAUGGGUGGAUCUGACCUUUACUAGAGUAAGUUAAUUCUAAAAAAUAUAUUUUAACAAAAUGAGGUGUCACUAUUGUUGGUGUCCACAGAAUUUCUUGCAACCAAUGCAUUUUCCCAUUUCUAGUUUAUUUAGUCACCUCAAGUAGUUGGACAGUGAUGCAAUUUUUGUAGUUUUGCCCUUGUAUACCACCACAGUGCCUUUUCUGAGUCCCUCUAUUUUCACAGGCUCAAAAGUAGUUCAACAAACUAACAAUAUUAAAUAUUAGGAUGCAAAUCCUUUGUGGUUAAUGACUGCCUGAAAUCUGGAACCCAUGGACAUCACCAAGUGCUAAGUUUCCUAAUUGAGAUGCUUUGCAGCUGGCUUCAGUUUUGUCUUCAGUGAAAAGUAUGCUCAAUUGGAUUGAGGUCAUUCAACAUUUUAAUUUAACCAUAUUUAAACCAUGUUUAAUAUACACUUAUAUAAAGUUUAUUGUCUUAAUGGCUGUAAGUUUCCCAGGUCUUGUGGCUGCAAAACAAGCCCAAAUCACCCCCCUUCCACCACUAUGCUUCGGAUAUGCUGUGCUUAGUUAAACAUAGGAUUAUGCAUGGUCAUCACCAAACAUCAGAACUUUUGUGGUUUGUUCAGAUGGAGUUUUCUAAACUCUUUAUUCUUUUUGAAGAGAAGAGACUUUUCUUAACCACCCUUCCCUGAAAGUCAUACUUUGGUCUUUUUCUGAUUGUGAACAAUUACAGUACCUUCCUCAGAGCAGCUGAGUAUUUAGCAAGGAAAGGAAUCACCUGUUCAUCAGUUUUAUAAGGUAAGGCAAGGGACUGGAGGUCCUGGCCAUAACAAUGUAGAAAAGUGGCUUUGCCUGAAUAAGAGGGUUUUUUUUCAGCAUCUUCAAGAAUGCCUUAAUAUGCUGUUCCAGGACUGGAUCAAUGUAGCAUGUUAUUACAUACGCAAUAAGUAUGUAAUAACAGGCUUAAUAAAGGGUGUAAUGUCUUGUGUAAGAACAUGUGUAAUAAAGGUGUAACAAUGGGUAAAGUUUGUCACUACAAAUGUUGAUGUUGGCAUGUGAAAGCAAGUAUAAUGGUAUGUAAUAAAUGUGUGAAUAUAUAAUUCAUGUGUAAUAAUGCUUUAAUUUCUGAUCUUGAAGUAUCAUCCAACCACUGAAGUAAGCACAUGCAAAAUUGAUAGCGAUUAGACAACAGAUGGCGCUACAACAGUUUAAAUGUUUAAAAAUGCUAUUUCGUUAUGGCAAAUUACCAUAUAUUUCUUCCAAUGAUCUUGCUUUUUCUCUGUGCUUUAUUUCUCUUUUGUAAAGCCAAUUUGGAUAAAAGUGUCAGUAAUGUUAAUAAAACA